CAGUUAUCCUACGGGGAGGACUUAGUGAUGGGGCCAGGUUGGGUUGGGAGGGCGUGGAUGGCUCAGGAGUGACGGAUGGAAAAUGUGAAAUGACAGACUUGAUUGCCUUUGGACAGGUAGCAUGGCCUCCCUGCCCACUCGAAACCCUGGGGACCCUGACUUGUCUUCUGGGCUGCCGCCGGCAGUUACUAGGGCAGCUAACCAGAGCGCAGAGGCCUCGGCGGGCAACGAAUCGGCCGCGGGCUCGGGCGCCCAGGCCCUCACGCCCUUCCAGAGCCUGCAGCUGGUGCAUCAGCUGAAGGGGCUGAUCGUGCUGCUCUACAGCAUCGUGGUGGUCGUGGGGUUGGUGGGCAACUGCCUGCUGGUGCUGGUGAUCGCGAGGGUGCGCCGGCUGCACAACGUAACCAACUUCCUCAUCGGCAACCUGGCCUUUUCGGACGUGCUCAUGUGCGCCGCCUGCGUGCCACUCACACUGGCCUACGCCUUCGAGCCACGCGGCUGGGUGUUCGGCGGCGGCUUGUGCCACCUGGUCUUCUUCUUACAGCCGGUUACCGUCUACGUGUCGGUGUUCACGCUAACCACCAUCGCAGUGGACCGCUACGUCGUGCUGGUGCACCCGCUGAGGCGCCGCAUCUCGCUACGCUCAAGCGCCUAUGCCGUGCUGGCCAUCUGGGCGCUCUCCGCGGUGCUGGCGCUGCCGGCUGCCCUGCACACCUACCACGUCGAGCUCAAGCCGCACGACGUGCGCCUUUGCGAGGAGUUCUGGGGUUCGCAGGAGCGCCAGCGCCAGCUCUACGCUUGGGGACUGCUGCUCGGUACCUACCUGCUCCCCCUGCUGGUCAUCCUGCUCUCUUACGUGCGGGUGUCGGUGAAGCUCCGGAACCGCGUGGUCCCGGGCUGCGUGACCCAGAGCCAGGCCGACUGGGACCGUGCGCGGCGCCGCCGCACCUUCUGCUUGCUGGUGAUGGUCGUGGUGGUGUUCGCUGUCUGCUGGCUGCCGCUGCACGUCUUCAACCUGCUUCGUGACCUGGACCCGCGCGCCAUAGACUCCUACGCCUUCGGGCUGGUGCAGCUGCUCUGCCACUGGCUCGCUAUGAGCUCAGCCUGCUACAACCCCUUCAUCUACGCCUGGCUGCACGACAGCUUCCGCGAGGAGCUGCGCAAGUUGUUGCUCACCUGGCCCCGGAAGAUAGCGCCCCACGGCCAGGGCGUGACUGUCACCGUGGUCAUUUGAUACCGGGGUGCCAGACCUGGGCUGGGGAGCUUCAAGACCACUGGGCUCCGAGACUGGACUGGAGUCCUCACUCCCAGCACCAGAGCUGCAACAACACAGUGCAGGACUUAGGUCUAGUCCUCUCUCUCACUGUCUGUUCUUGUGUCUUAGUAAAAUGUUUAGUGGGCU